AUGUCUCCUCGAACAAGCCCCAACCAAGAUUUUGAAGGAAUUAAAACAUUUCGCAGGGCUGAGGUAUCAAAAACCAGACAAAUUAUUCAAAGAAGUAUCAACGGUACAAAAUAUACAAAAGACCAACCAUGGUAUAUGAUUAUUGAUAAUAAAGUUUAUGAUAUCAAAGAGUUCGUGCCUGAUCAUCCAGGUGGUGCUCCGAUUUUGACACAUAUUGGAAAGGACGCAACAGAUGCAUUUUAUUCUUUCCAUCCGGAAAGUGUACAUGAUUUAUUGGCAAAUUAUUAUGUUGGUGAUAUAGCCUAUGAAGAUAUUAUUCCGUCAAAAGGAUUUACAAAAAAGGUUCGAGAACUUAAAGAACAAUUUACAAAGCUCGGAUAUUUUAAAUCAUCCAAAGUUUAUUAUCUAUAUAAAAGUCUUUACAACAUAAUUCUUUGGUCUAUAUCGGUCAUAAUCUUGAAUACAUUUGGAAAUACAUUACCUGGAGUUCUAACUGCCGCAUUUGUAAUGGCCUUAUUUUGGCAGCAAUGUGGUUGGUUAUCACAUGACUUUUUACAUCAUCAAGUAUUUGAAAAUAGAUAUUAUAAUGAUUUGGUUGGAUGUUUCUUUGGAGCUGUUUGUCAAGGUUUUGAUCCUUGCUGGUGGAAAAAUAAACAUAACACUCAUCAUGCUGCUCCAAAUGUUCAUGGUCAAGAUCCUGAUAUUGAUACACAUCCAUUUUUAAGUUGGUCAGAAAAUGCAUUAACAGAUUUAUUUGAUCCAGAGUUAGCUAGAGAACAUGCAAAAGCUUUUCCUCCAUGGUUAGCUCGUAUAAUGGUUAAUAAUCAAACUAUAAAUUAUUUUCCACUUCUUGCAUUUGCUAGAUUAUCUUGGUGUGUUCAAAGCAUAUUAUAUGUUCUUCCUAAUGGUCAAACUGGAAGUAUUGGUAAUGCUCGUAUGCCAGUUACAUUAAUUGAACAAAUAUCACAAGCUAUGUGUGGAUUAUUAUUGGCAUUAUGUUUUUCAUUAAACCAUAAUGGAAUGAAAGUAUUAACAGAAGAAGAAACGAUGAAUACUGAAUUCUUUGUUGAACAAGUUAUUACUGGAAGAGAUGUUACUGCAAAUAGUUUAAUGGGUCGUUGGUUUGUAGAAUGGUUUACUGGUGGAUUAAAUUAUCAAAUUGAACAUCAUAUAUUCCCAAGUAUGCCACGUCACUAUUUCCAUAAAGUUUCACCAAUUAUUCAAUCUUUAUGUGCAGAAUACAAUAUACGUUAUCAUAAAACUACCUUCAUUGAAGGUACAAUGGAAGUUUUUAAGAGAUUAGGUCAAGUUUCAUAUGCAAAUAAAAAAGUGAAUUAA